GCGCGCCGCUGAGCUGCCCGUCCGCCCGCCCGCGCCCCGACCCGGCUCGGGCUCCCGCCGGUCCGCCCUGCCCCGCCCCGCAGCGGGAGCCCGCAGGCGCGGAGAGGCCGCGCCGCACCUCCAGGGUGCCCUCAGAGACCAGAAGAGGGAUCCGAUCCCUUGUAAGUGGGGUGUGACGACCGUGAACUACCCCGUCUUCAACAUGGCGGACGAUGAUCCAUAUGGAACUGGGCAAAUGUUCCAUUUGAAUACUGCUUUGUCUCAUCCAAUAUUUAAUACAGAAUUAUAUGCACCAGAAAUGCCACUGUCAACAGAUGGCCCAUACCUUCAAAUAUUAGAGCAACCAAAACAGAGGGGAUUUCGAUUCCGCUAUGUGUGUGAAGGCCCAUCACACGGCGGGCUUCCAGGAGCCUCAAGUGAGAAGAACAAGAAAUCCUACCCUCAAGUCAAAAUUUGCAACUAUGUGGGACCUGCAAAGGUUAUUGUUCAGUUGGUCACAAAUGGAAAAAAUAUCCACCUGCACGCCCACAGCCUGGUGGGCAAACACUGUGAGGACGGGAUCUGCACUGUAACAGCAGGACCCAAGGACAUGGUGGUUGGCUUUGCAAACCUGGGAAUACUUCAUGUGACUAAGAAAAAGGUAUUUGAAACACUGGAAGCACGGAUGACAGAGGCGUGUAUAAGGGGCUAUAACCCUGGACUUCUGGUGCAUUCCGACCUUGCCUAUCUACAAGCAGAAGGUGGAGGAGACCGUCAACUCACAGACAGAGAGAAGGAGAUCAUCCGCCAGGCGGCUCUGCAGCAGACAAAGGAGAUGGACCUGAGCGUGGUGCGCCUCAUGUUCACAGCCUUUCUGCCUGACAGCACUGGCAGCUUCACUCGGAGACUGGAGCCUGUGGUAUCAGAUGCCAUCUAUGACAGCAAAGCGCCCAAUGCAUCGAACCUGAAAAUUGUGAGAAUGGACAGAACAGCAGGAUGUGUGACCGGAGGGGAGGAAAUUUAUCUUCUCUGUGACAAGGUUCAGAAAGAUGACAUCCAGAUCCGGUUUUAUGAAGAGGAAGAAAAUGGUGGAGUUUGGGAAGGAUUUGGGGACUUUUCCCCCACAGAUGUUCACAGACAGUUUGCCAUUGUCUUCAAAACUCCAAAGUAUAAGGAUGUCAACAUUACAAAACCAGCUUCCGUAUUUGUGCAGCUUCGGAGGAAAUCUGACUUGGAAACUAGUGAACCAAAACCCUUCCUCUAUUACCCUGAAAUCAAAGACAAAGAGGAAGUACAGAGGAAACGCCAGAAGCUCAUGCCCAACUUCUCGGACAGUUUCGGCGGCGGCAGUGGAGCCGGAGCCGGUGGUGGAGGCAUGUUCGGUAGUGGCGGUGGUGGAGGGAGUACCGGAAGUCCUGGCCCAGGAUAUAGCUUCCCGCACUAUGGAUUUCCUGCCUACAGUGGGAUCACAUUCCAUCCUGGAGCCACUAAAUCCAAUGCUGGGAUCACCCAUGGAACCAUAAACACAGAUUCUAAAAGUGACCCUAAAUAUUGUGACAAGAGUGAUGACAGGGAGACUCUAAAUCUCUCUGGGAAGGAAAUAGAACAAGAUGAGGAGUCUGGAGUGGCCGUGCCCAGCACAAAGACUGGUACACUCACACUGGCAUCCCCCGUGGAAGACAAGGAGCCGGGUACUGGGUUUCAGGAUCACCUCUUCCUUGAGAAGGCCCUGCAGCUUGCCAAGCAGCAUGCCAACGCCCUUUUCGACUAUGCAGUGACAGGAGACGUGAAGAUGUUGCUGGCCGUGCAGCGCCACCUCACCGCGGUGCAGGAUGAGAACGGGGACAGCGUCUUACACUUAGCCAUCAUCCACCUUCAUGCUCAGCUCGUGAGGGAUCUGCUAGAAGUCACGUCUGGUUUGAUCUCAGAUGACAUCAUCAACAUGAGAAAUGAUCUGUAUCAGACACCUUUGCACUUAGCCGUCAUCACCAAGCAGGAAGACGUGGUGGAGGACUUGCUGAGGGUUGGGGCUGACAUGAGCCUUCUGGACCGCUGGGGUAACUCUGCUCUGCACCUAGCCGCCAAAGAAGGACAUGACAAAAUCCUCAGUGUCCUACUCAAGAGCAGAAAAGCAGCACUCCUUAUUGACCGUCCCAACGGAGAAGGUCUAAAUGCCAUCCACAUAGCCGUGAUGAGCAAUAGCCUGCCAUGUCUGCUGCUGCUUGUGGCUGCUGGGGCAGAAGUCAAUGCUCAGGAGCAGACGUCUGGGCGUACAGCACUGCACCUGGCCGUGGAGUAUGACAACAUCUCGUUGGCUGGCUGCCUGCUUCUGGAGGGUGAUGCUGACGUGGACAGUACAACCUACGACGGGACUACGCCUCUACAUAUAGCGGCUGGAAGAGGCUCCACCAGACUGGCAGCGCUUCUCAAAGCAGCAGGAGCAGACCCCCUGGUGGAGAACUUUGAGCCUCUCUAUGACCUGGACGACUCUUGGGAGAAGGCUGGAGAAGAUGAGGGUGUGGUGCCUGGCACCACACCCCUGGAUAUGGCUGCCAACUGGCAGGUAUUUGACAUACUAAAUGGGAAACCAUAUGAGCGGGUGUUCACAUCGGACGAUAUACUGCCACAAGGAGACAUGAAGCAGCUAGCAGAAGACACGAGGCUGCAGCUUUGUAAGCUGCUGGAAACUCCUGAUCCAGACAAAAACUGGGCCACUCUGGCUCAGAAGUUAGGGCUGGGGAUUCUGAGUAAUGCCUUCCGGCUGAGUCCUGCUCCCUCUAAAACGCUUAUGGACAACUAUGAGGUCUCUGGGGGCACCAUCAAAGAACUGAUGGAGGCCUUGCGACAGAUGGGCUACACAGAGGCCAUUGAAGUGAUCCAGGCAGCCUUCUGCACCCGGGAAACCACAGACUCCAGCCCCGUGAUCACUGCUCAGGCCCACUCGCUGCCUCUCUCCUCUUCCUCCACAAGGCAGCACAUAGAAGAGCUCCGGGACAGCGACAGUGUCUGUGACAGUGGUGUGGAGACCUCCUUCCGCAAACUCAGCUUUACCGAGUCUUUGACUGGAGACAGCUCACUGCUAUCUCUGAACAAAAUUCCCCACAAUUAUGGGCAGGAAGGACCUAUAGAAGGCAAAAUUUAGCCUGCUGCAGUUCCCCGCACCGUGUAAACCAAAGCCCUGAAAUUCCAUUGCAUCGUUCCAAAGGAGGAAGGCGAAGGGCAUCCGAAGGUGCUGGAGGAUUGCCGGCCUGCUGACUCAUUCUUGAUUGCGUUCAAGGCCUUCUGAAUUUGGCUUCCUUUCCUGGUUCUGAAAUGAAUUUUAGUUGUCACAUUCAGACGGUGUCUAGCAGUCACAGCACUCAGCUGCGCUGCAGUGCGGCUUGGGGUAUGGUGGCUUGAGCUUAUCCAGCUGCUGCUGGAUUCCACGCGCUUCCUGUUGCUGCUGCCCCUCUGUGGUCCCUGCUGUCAUUAAAAGGUGUCCCCACCUGCUGUUCUUCCUAGCCAUCUACAGUAUAUUUGUGCGUUCAAAUUAAUAUUAAGAAAACAUAUUUUUAAAUGAGUAACGUGAUGCGCAAUAAAAAAAAGACAUUGCUUUUUCUAAUGUGGUUUAUCUGUGAUUUAAAAAAAAAACACAUGAACUUAACAAUAUUUAAAACAUACUACAAUCAGCGCUGAAUAUAGUAUUUUACCCCUUUUUUGCAUUUUACUAUUGUAAAUAUGUUUUCUAAAUCAAAUACUUUAAAAGAAAAAAAUGUUGGAUUUAUAAAUGCUAUUUUUUAUUUUACUUUUAUAAUAAAAGG